AUGUCGGUUACCAUGGGGAGUUGUCAAGGCAAAGGUCGUUUACACCACAGUCAACAAUUUCCGACUGGGAAGGUACCGAUUUGUGUCUGGAAACCCUGUUUGAUGAGACCAGAGCAGAGUCGCCGCAGUCAGUUUUAUCAGACUUUGAACUUGAUAAGUUAUUUAACAGCAGGGCGUUGUCCCCGGAAUCAUUGUCAUCAGAUUUUGACUUUUGGCUCCUGCAGGACUGGUUGGCAGACUUUAGAGCAUCCUCCCCAGAAUCAGUGGUAUUCCAAAGUCAAUGUAGGCCCCUCUCACCUGACUCACCUCUUCCUCAGUUCAGCCCCCCUCAAGUCGGUUACCAUGGGGAGUUGUCAAGGCAAAGGUCGUUUACACCACAGUCAGCAUUUUCAGACUGGGAAGGUACUGAUUUGUGUCUGGAAAGUCUGUUUGACGAAACCAGAGCAGAGUCCCCGCAAUCAGUUUUGUCAGACUUUGAACUUGAUAAAUUAUUUAACAGCAGGGCGUUGUCCCCAGAAUCAGUGGUAUUCCAACGUCAAUGUAGGCCCCUCUCACCUGACUCACCUCUUCCUCAGUUCAGCCCCCCUCAAGUCGGUUACUAUGGGGAGUUGUCAAGGCACAGAUCCUUUACACCACAAUCAGCAUUUUCAGACUGGGAAGGUACUGAUUUGUGUCUGGAAAGUCUGUUUGACGAAACCAGAGCAGAGUCCCCGCAAUCAGUUUUGUCAGACUUUGAACUUGAUAAAUUAUUUAACAGCAGGGCGUUGUCCCCAGAAUCAGUGGUAUUCCAACGUCAAUGUAGGCCCCUCUCACCUGACUCACCUCUUCCUCAGUUCAGCCCCCCUCAAGUCGGUUACUAUGGGGAGUUGUCAAGGCACAGAUCCUUUACACCACAAUCAGCAUUUUCAGACUGGGAAGGUACUGAUUUGUGUCUGGAAAGUCUGUUUGACGAAACCAGAGCAGAGUCCCCGCAAUCAGUUUUAUCAGACUUUGAACUUGAUAAGUUGUUUAACAGCAGGGCGUUGUCCCCUGAAUCAGUGUUGUCAGAUUUUGACUUUUCGCUCCUGCAGGACUGGUUGGCAGACUUUAGAGCAUCCUCCCCAGAAUCUGUGGCAUCAGUGGAGCAGUACUUAAUGCCUCCUCGCAUGACAUUUGACCA